GUGGAGGAUAUCAUCGAAUACGAGACUGGCAUCACAGAAAUCAGCCAAAGACUCGAAGAAGCACAGGGUCGGUACUGCAGAGUCUUCAUACUUUACGCCAACUCCGAAGACGCGGAGAGCAUCUUCAAGGAGGUGGAAGCGCUGAACAUGACUUCACCGGGGUAUGUCUGGAUCGUGUCUGAACAAGCUCUACUCGCACCCAAUAAACCAGACGGUGUCCUCGGCUUAAAGCUCGUGAAUGCGACCGACGAAGAGGCGCAUAUAAAAGACAGUGUCACCGUUAUUGCUCGAGCUUUUCGGCAGUUAUUGUUCAACUUGACCCACAUCGAGAAUGCUCCGAAGAAUUGCAACGACCACAAAAAAGACUGGGAAACUGGACAGAAGUUCAUAGGAUUCCUGAAAGAAGUUACUUUGCAAAAUGGGAAAACGGGUCGUGUGGCCUUUGAUGAUAAAGGGGACCGGAUCGAUAGCGAUUAUGAAAUCAUCAAUAUCGUGAACGGAAGACCAUCCACCGUUGGAGACUAUGUUUAUUCACAGUUCAAAUGCGAAAUGACGUUGUCCUUGAAUGUGCAAGAAAUCGUCUGGCCCGGAGAGGAGACGAGGAAACCUAGAGGAUAUAUCGUGCCGACCCACUUGAAGGUGGUGACGGUGGCCGAGAAACCAUUCACUUGGAUACGAGAAGCGGAGGAUAAAUCCUUGUGUUUGGAGGACGAAAUUCCUUGCCCAAGGAAAAAUAAAACCAGUGGUGAAGAAGACAUGUAUUGCUGCAGAGGUUAUUGUAUGGAUUUAUUGAACGCUCUAGCAACCGAGUUGAACUUCACUUACACACUCUACCAAGUGGAAGACGGAUUAUACGGUAGCUUUGACCACGUAAACGGCUCCGAAAAAAAGAUGUGGACGGGAAUGGUCGGCGACUUGGUGUACGAGAGAGCAGACAUGGUGGUUGCUCCCCUCACCAUCAAUCCCGAAAGGUCACAAGCCAUCGAAUUUUCGAAACCCUUCAAGUAUCAAGGGAUCACCAUUCUCGAGAAAAAGAAAUGGUGCGUUGAUGGAAAUGUGUUGGGAUGGGAUGGGAUGGAUGGAUGGAAUGGGUGGAUGGAUAGAUGA